AUGAAGUUUAACUCUGGUUUUGGCUAUGACAACAAUGCUAAAAAGUUCACGGCCCCAGAUGAAGUAUGGGAUGCGUACUGUCAGGCUCACCCAAAAGAUGCAUACUUGCGCCAUGGGAAUUGUCCGGAUUAUGAAGAUUUGGAAAUUGCUGUUAGAAACGGUGUGGCUGUAGGGAAGAACUCAAUUGGAUUGGGUAGUGCUACUGAUGCUAGGACAUUAGGAGUUGAUGAAAAUAGAGCUCCACACAUAGAGGAGUUGAAUUUUGAUGUUGAAAAUGAGGCGUUUGUAGGACUGACUCAAGAUGAUCCGCCAUCAUCCGGUUCCAAAUCACCUUCGGCAUUCCCUGAAGUGUCUGUGGACUCCACUCAAAGAAGAGCUCCCGCCAAAAGAAGUAGAGGCCAGUUUGAGAUAAAUUCUGGUCACACUGAAAAUAGUUCGUAUCAGGGUGUUACAUAG